AUGAAGCUCAAUAGGUUUUUGGGGAAGAUGGUCAAUGAGACCGUGACUAUGGAGCUGAAGAACGGCACCCAGGUGCAGGGGACCAUCACAGCGGUGGACACAUCCAUGAACACGCACCUCAAGCAGGUGAAAGUUACAGUCCGGCACAAAAACCCGGUCAACAUGGCUUUCCUGUCGAUUCGCGGGGCCAACAUCCGGUAUGUGAUCCUUCCAGAUCAUGCGGACUUGAACUUUCUGCUCAUUGACGAUGCUCCAAAGCAGAACCCUCCCAAGUAUCCUGCUGGCACCAAGAAGAAAGGCGGUGGUGCGAAGCCGACUGAACGAGAUCGUGGUGGAGAUCGAGACCGGGACCGUGAUCGCGAUCGUGACCGCGACCGUGAUCGCGACCGCGACCGUGAUAGGCGAAGAUAG